AUGGAGUCAGUCAACAAUGCCAAGGCACCACCAGGUGCUUCAGGCCGUCGAUUGCUGCCACAUGUUGUCGACGAGAUAGCGGCCAAGGAGCCCGAUCGAAUCAUUUAUUCCUUUACUCGAUCUAAGGACCCAAAACAUGGCUUCCAAAAUGUCACCGCCCAAGAGUUAGCGCGUGCUAUAAAUCGCUGCGCGUGGUACAUGGUCCAAGAGCUCGGAACACCUGGCCAAGGCUUUCCAACCAUUGCGUACAUGGGGCCUCAAGAUAUCGUAUACGCGAUCCUCAUCCUAGCUUCAGUCAAAGCCGGGUACAAAACGCUCCUGUCAUCCGUUCGCAAUACUUUCGAAGCCCACCUCCACCUUCUGGAAGAGACAGACUGCCAGAUAUUUGCAAAGCCAGCGAGUUUCCCCCUGCCUACAAUUGACCAGAUCGUGGACAUUCGGCCAAUGAAAAUCAUUAGCAUUCCGGGACUAGAAUAUUGGCUUGGCCGUAACAAUGAAUACGAUACCCAUGGACACUUCGCUUAUACAAAAACCUACGCUUCGGCACGGUUGGAACCCCUUUGCGUCUUACACACUUCUGGUUCAACGGGCAUGCCGAAGCCCAUCAUUCACACACACGGCUGCGCUUCAGCAAUAGACGCUUACUCCUCCCUAUCGUCUAUUGGCCUGCAACCCGUCUACCCUGGCACAUGUAAGGGCCGUCGUGUGUACCUGGGGUUUCCGCUCUUCCACGUCGCUGGUAUAGCGAACUUCAUCUCUGGCCCUCUCUUCGUCGGCUAUACUGUUGUUCUUGGCCCGUAUCCACCAUCGCCAGAGGUCAUAAACGGCAUCCAUGUCUUUGGAGAUGUUCAAGAAGCUUGCCUGCCACCAGCAACACUGUGCGACUUGUCUGAAAACCCAGAGUAUCUACGAAACCUAUCUCUGCUUGAUCGCGUCGUGACGGGUGGCGGUCCAUUGCCGAGGCAAACCGGGGACCUCUUGGCAGCAAAGACAAACUUGUUAAAUUGCAUCGGGACGACAGAAUGUGGUGGCUUGCCAGUGCAGGACUGCUUUGAAGAUUGGCAGUAUAUUAAGCUAAGCCCGUGUCUUGGACAAGAGUACCGACACUUUUCAGGUGAUUUGUUCGAACAAGUUAUUGUCCGAAGAGAUGAUCUAGAAGCAUAUCAAGGAGUCUUUUCAACGUUCCCUGACCUUCAGGAAUGGCAUAUGAAAGAUUUAUAUUCGCCACACCCUAGCAAGGAGGGCCUUUGGUUAUAUAGGGGCAGAACGGACGACAUCAUCACGUUUUCAACAGGUGAGAAGCUGAACCCACUGGAAAUGGAAGGUAUAAUCCAGUAUCAUCCAUCUGUUAAGGCCUGCCUUGUGUGCGGAGUCGGUCGGUUCCAGGCUUCGCUGCUUGUCGAAGCAGUUAAACCACCAAACAACGAUGAAGAAGAGAGACAGCUUAUAGACGACAUUUGGUCUCAGAUCCAAAAGGCCAACACUUCGAGUCCAUCCUAUGCCCGUAUACACCGUCAUAUGGUUUUGGUGCCACCACCUGAGAAGCCAUUUGCCAGGGCUGGGAAGGGAACGAUCAAGCGCACAACAACGAUUGAUUCAUUCAAAGACGAGCUUAACGCACUCUACGCGGCAGGUCGGGGGCAAAGUCCAAGGCAAGGCGUAGACAAGGCUCCCCCGGAAAACGAGUCCCCUCGUGCUCUGCAUCAUGAUUUUGAGAUCGAGACCAUUGAAGGGCUAAUUCACGAUGUUCUUGCUAAAUCAACGGACAUCGACGUCAGCAAGCUUGACCCACAUCAAGAUUUCUUCAACCUAGGGCUAGACUCACUCCAAGCGACAGAGAUAACUCGAUGCAUCAAUCAAUACCUAUCUAGCCGGAACGCAAAGCCUGAAAUCACGACUCAAACGGUAUACUCCAAUCCAAGCCUGUCUGGCCUAUCAUCAUCAAUCUCAUCUCAUUACGGGAAGCAGCAAAGCCCGCUGCCAGCUGUGGAUAGGACUGAAAAGAUGGAAAAGCUGUAUAGGGACAUCACAAGAGAGGUAUCCACCUCGAACAGGACAUUCGAAAGUCCGGAUGCUGCAUACAUAUCCAUCCUUUUGACCGGGGCCACUGGACAACUCGGGUCGUAUGUUCUCGACUGUCUUCAAAAGGAAACUCGGGUGUCUCAUAUUUACUGCCUCAAUCGCGGCGCCGACGGGGCUCAACGUCAAAGUAGCGGCCAAGAGUCUCGCGGUCUCGGGCAGUUGGACCCUUCGAGAGUCUCACAUUUAACCGCCAACCUGGCGCAGCCCUACCUCGGUCUAAAGCUAGAAGACUACAGCCACCUCACUAAACAGAUCACUCAUCUUGUUCACGUUGCUUGGAAGGUUGAUUUCAACCUUGCGCUAGAAUCCUUCCUCGAGCAUAUUGUCGGUGUUCAACGCUUAUUGGAAUUCUGUUCAAACACGCGAUUCGGGGCUCACCUAUUCUUUGUUUCAAGCAUCAGCGCCGUGGGUGGCCUGACAGGGAACAUUUCCGAGAAGAUAUACAAGGAAUGGCAUGCACCUAUUCCGACUGGGUACGGACAAUCAAAAUUUCUUGCAGAAAGAAUGAUUGAUACUAUAUCGACAAGAGUCGGGAUCCCAGCUACUAUUUGCAGGGUUGGCCAAAUCGCCGGUCCGACAAGCGUGGCUGGGAUGUGGCCCAAGCAAGAAUGGCUACCCUCUCUUCUCGCGACAUCCAAAGAGUUAGGUGUUUUGCCAGAGUCGCUCGGGAACAACAAUGGUUUAGACUGGAUACCGGUAGACAUUGUUGGCCAAAUAAUUUCUGAUUCAGUGGCCAAAACAGCUCGCCACCAGGAUGGGAGGACCAGAGUCCUUCACGUCUCUAACCCAACUACUGUAGACUGGAGCGAUCUCGUAAACAUUAUCUCUGCUAAAUUCAAGCCUGAGAUGAAGAUUGUUACACUACAGAUCUGGGUAAAUAAACUACACGAAUGCCUCACACGCGGUGACAAUGCGGCGCAAGUGCCAGCAGUGAAGCUCUAUGACUUCUUCUUAGGGUUGCUUGACUCUGGACACACUGCAACUCACUUGGAGGUUGGGGGUCAGUUGAAGCCAUGGGAGGACUUGCUCAGCUCGAAGGCUGUGCAGAGAAGCUGGAUGGAAAAUUGGAUAAGGCAGUGGGGUUACUGA